UUUUAACAUGGUAAUAUUAUAUAGCUUUGAUGUAUACCUUUUGAUAAUGAAAAUGAAGCAUGUGAGUACAAGUUAGUUUAUGUUCUCUCUGAUAGACAAAAAUCAACAUUUAAUUUAAAUUCAAAGAAGAAAAUGCGUCAAAUACCAGAGUUUAUUACAAUUACUAGAGAGAUUCUCAAUACUUAUUCUGUGUAACUAAUCACGACAGGAUAAUGCAAUUUGAUGUAGCAAGAAAAAGGUGGGGAAGCUAUUACAGCAGGUAAAUUUGUCACUGACACAAUAAAUGUUGGCAAUAGCUAUGUGGAAAUACAAACAAGUGGCAUCCGCCAAGGCAUUGUUACUAAAUAUAGAGUCUUGUCUGUACUAUGCAAUGACUACUUUCUCUCACGUAACUCAUGUCAUUUUUGAUUUGGACGGUCUUAUUCUAGACUCUGAGAAAGUAUACAAGGCCAAAUAUGAGGAGUUGUUGGCUCGUUAUGGUAAGACACUCUCAGAUGAGUUGCGACUGAGUUGUCUUGGACGCAAGGACGUGGAUUGUGCCCGAGCUAUCAUAGAGGCAACCAACAUCCCUUUGACAACAGCUCAAUGGCUUACUGAGGUAAAAAAAUUGCAGAUAGAAGGGAUGAUUAACACAACCCUCAUGCCAGGUGUCGAGCGGCUGGUGAGACACUUGUCCCACUAUGGAGUACCUCUGGCCGUGGCUACUAGCAGCAGUCAAGAGAGUGUGGAGCUCAAGAUAAGUAAACACAAGAAGUUCAUGUCUCUGUUCCACCACAUUGUUAUGGCUGGUUCUGAUCCAGAGGUUAAACAUGGGAAACCUAGCCCUGAUGUGUUUCUAGUCUGUGCCGCUAGAUUCCCUGAUAAACCCUCCCCUGAAAAGUGUCUUGUGUUAGAAGAUGCACACAAUGGCGUACAAGCUGCUAUAGCAGCAGGUAUGCAAGUAGUCAUGGUGCCUGAUUCUUCUGUCCCCACCGAACUGACAAAAGAAGCAACUAUUGUGCUCAAAUCUCUAAAAGAUUUCUGUCCAGAGAUGUUUGGACUACCCAAGUUUUCAAACAAUUCCAAAUGAACUAUCUUGGCAAUCAACAGAAUACUCUGUCACCAAAUGACAGGAUUCUGCUUUGAGUUACUUUAAGAGCAUAUGACCAAUCUAUAUUAUAAAAACAAAUUGUAAAAAAUAUAUACUUUAAAAUUUUAA